UCUCUGCUUUCUUGAGCAACCCCACCACUGGAACUGGCAGCUGCAGUGGGCAAACGCCCGGGUCACCGUGGUAAAUACAGUGGCCGUACUACCUAGUAACGCUCAGGGCGACAAGAGAUCAAAACUCACAACAUGUUAUGAUGUUGGCUCGCCACGCCAUCCGACCGCACCUUGGCUCACUGAGCGGAUGGCAAGGGAGCCAAUUAUCCCUAGCACUGUCUCAACGGUCCGUAAAGCAUCAGGCGUUUGACGCGUCGUUCGAUCCGGAAGAGCUGGCUGAGGCCAGGAAAUGGCACAAGUCAUUCCAGGUCAGCAGCUUGCCCCCGGGGAGUACAUCCUUCUCCCGAUCUAGCGGUCCUGGAGGGCAGCAUGUGAAUAAGACGGAAACCAAGGCGACCACCACCUGGCCGAUUCCACAGCUGUUGCCUGUUUUGCCCAAGCUGUUGCAUGCUGCCAUUAGAGAGUCAAAGUAUUACUCUAAGCGUAACGAUUGCAUCAAUAUUCAGGCGCAAACUCAGCGCAGUCGCACAGCGAAUGCGGAUGAGAACCGACAAAAACUGUUCGAAGAGCUCCAGAGCCUAUAUAGCAGAACAGUGCCCAAUGAAACCAGCCCUGACAAGGCAAAGAAGUACGAGUCACUGUAAGUUGUGCUACUAUCUGUUGCUCGCUCACUCUGCAUCUAAUGCUCAGGUAACAGGAA